ACUCCGAACUGUGCCGUUAUCAACGACCAAUGCCUGCUAAUAAGAAUGAGUAAAACAGAAACUGCAACUCAAAUUGAUAGGUAUACGCAACACUCAGACACGUGUAAUGUCGGCCCGAGAAGAGGGAAGAGCCCCGGACGGGAUCUAGGUAGUUAAGUCCAUCAAUCAUUGGACGACAGAACCUUAAUAAGCAUAGGUUAAGCUUUUAGGUUCCGGCCAGGUAGGCGAAGUCUAACUCAAUUGAGUCUUCAGUCGAUUUGACUAACCAACCAUAUCCUACCUGCCUACCUAUAUUCUUCACCUACACCUGCUGUAGUAGAAGUGCAUACGUCUCAAUAGGGUGUUCACGUAUCGAGUAGCAAAGACGCAGGCACGUGGGAAAGAAGUUGCGGUACCUAGAUUUAAUAUCGGACGGAUCGAACGGUCAUCACUUUUCCCAGCUCGGCCCCAUCCCGCACAGUUGGAACAGCACGACGCCUCUUAUUGGAUCGCUUGCCCAUCCUACCCUCUUGGGCAAUGGGGGUCUUGAGCGAUCCUUUCAAUUAGGAUCUACAGCCAGGAUCGACUAAGUAUGUAUUUACCCGAGGCUUAUUGAUAUCAACGCGGAGUCAGCCGCGAUACCUACCUAUAAGAACCCAACAUUGGUAGCUUCAAUUUAGCUUCAGUUACCCUCACUUGGCACUCCAAUCGUUACCGUUAGGUAGCAGAUCCAAGAGGAACCCAAGAUGCAGCUGGUUCCAGUCUUCCUUUCAGCGCUGCUGGUUCAAUCCAGUACAGCCGCGGCUGAUGAUGCGACGUUCGUCACGGCCGCACCCCACGCUGGGUCCGCCGUUUCAGAUCUCUACCCUCCAUCUGGUACAUCUGUCGACUCCGUGCUCUUCCCGCCUGAAUCCGAAGUCGGCUUUCCGGGGCCAACACCAACGGGAGUUCAGCCCGCGGCCAUCCAAACGGCGCUAUCAUAUCCGGGUAAUCGGGGACCGUCGUACCAAUUUCCUCUCAUAGCACCGCAGCCGCAUGGGCAUGACAGCACAGAGAACGACUUCGAUAUCACGAAGUAUUGGGGUAAUUUGUCGCCCUGGUAUUCCCUCGACUCUGCCGACUAUGGGUUACCGGACACCAGCCCGCUCGCUCCCGAAGGCUGCAGUGUGACCCAACUCCAUCUGCUGUACCGUCACGGCGCGAGAUAUCCAACUACCGGCGCCGCGCCGGCCCAAUUCGCCGACAAGAUCGCAAAUGCUACUAAGACAGGGCUGCAAGUCAGCGGUGAUCUAGCUUUCCUAGCUGACUGGACCUACAAGCUAGGCGGCGAGCUUCUCACCCCGUUCGGCAGAAAACAGGAGUUUCUUCUUGGUAUUCAACACCGACAACUCUACGGCCACCUCCUAAAUAACUUCACCGAAGCCGGUACCAUACCCGUUUUCCGGACCGAGUCUCAAGACCGCAUGGUUAAGACCACUCACAAUUUUGCUGCUGGCUUCUUUGGCGUACCCGAAUACUUGGAUCAGGUAAGCAUCGAGAUUCUCGUCGAAGCAGCCGGUGUCAACAACUCGGGCGCGCCAUAUGAUGUAUGCACCAAUGCCAACGUGGCUAGCCGAGGAAGUAUUGGAACUGCGAUGGCUACCAAGUUUGCAAAGAAUGCUUUCAAUGCUACCAUUGCUCGACUCAACUCGCAGAUCUCCGGCGUCAAUUUCACAUCUACUGAUAUCCUUGCCAUGCUCCAACUAUGCUCAUACGAGACCAACGCGCUUGGUUACUCUGCAUUCUGUCCACUCUUUAGCCAGGAAGACUUCCUUAACUAUGAGUAUAUGUUCGACCUUACGUUCUACUACGAAAACGGUCCCGGCUCUCCCGUCUCUGCUGCCCAGGGGAAGGGCUAUCUGCAAGAAUUUGUUGCUCGCUUCACCGGAGAAUACCCCGAGAAUUGGUCAGGUCUGAAUGAGACGUACGACAACUCAUCCACCUACUUCCCCCUGAAUCAAUCCAUCUACGCUGAUGCCACCCACGAGGUUGUCGUUCUUGACACCCUCACGGCUUUCAACCUGACGGCACUGUUCAAAGGACCACCUCUAAGUAUCACGGGGAACCUUCGAGAAAACAGCUUCGUAGCUAGUAAGCUUGUUCCGUUCGCAACUCACUUCACCGCGCAGGUCCUCGAGUGCCCGACCUACCAACCAACCAAGCAGAUCAGAUUCCUUGUGAACGACGCCGUUAUCCCAGUUGCGGACUCAUAUGCCGGGUGCCCUGUCGAUCCUCAUGGUCUCUGCUCGUUCGACCACGUGGUUUCAGUCCUCAAGGACCGUAUUGACGAGAUCGACUACGACUAUGACUGCUUCGCCAACUACACGGCCGCACAAGGCGUUGACUACAAUGGCCGUGCACCUAAGAGCUAGGAUUUUGGCUCGCAGGCCCCGAGCCUGCAGGACGGAAGCGGAGGUAUGGUCCUGGCAAUGGCAAUGGCAAUGGCUAAAGCCUUUAUGGCCCUAGGAAGUCUGGCCGUGAUAGCAUGUCGGAUGUACUAGGUAAAUGAGAACAACGAUUUCGGUAUCUUGGCCACCUUAGGUUUGGGACUUCUGUUGGUGUUCGACUGGAAGUCCCUAACAAUUGGACAAAAUGCAUCCCUUUGAAACUCAUCACGACUUGACGACGGAUAUUCUUGGGGCGUGGCAUAGGCUCGUAGGGGGCGCGUGGUAUUGGUUCUAUUUAAUUCGAUAAUUGGAUAAUAUUAUAACAUAUUCAACCCAA